AUGAAUUUUUGCCAUUUGAUGAUACUAUUGCUGGAGCCGCUUGCCUCGUCUGAAGAGGUAGCCAAGUACAAAGUCGACGAAGCUGUAGCAGAAGACGAACAGCUCGAAAAUAUGUUACAAAAUCGUUUUGAAGGCCAUGUUGAUAUGUAUCGUCUUGGUAAGUUUCUGUUCUUAUUUGCCGAAGUUAUAAAUUAAAACGUAUCUCUGAACUUCUAUUUUGCAUUUUUUAUAAGGUGUGAAUGUUGUCAUUGCUGUCAACCUGAAGUAUGCCUACUAUGCCGAUGUUGUUAUUAAACAAGCAUUAACAUAUAUUGUGCGCGCAUAUUUAUUCAAUAUUAUAUAUUUUAUAGGUUCUUACGCGCAGUUUUCUACAGACAGCUCGUGGUUUGGUAUGAUAAUUUACGGGCAGUUCAAGGCAUCUCACAUGCAUUACCGUGUUGUUGUUACAAUAAAAUAUGAUCAACAUUCUCGAACACGGAUCAGCGAGCUUACACGGAGUUUAAAAAAACAGCUCGAUGGUUCAUCCUCGUUUGUAUCAGUCUUGUUUGCAGUUUCGCCCAACUCGUUUAAAAUUUAA